AUGACCGUCGAAGGGAUCCACGAUAGGGACCGAACGCAGCUCACAGCCGGGGGAACUAGAACCGGGCACCGACGUGUCCUGCCGCUUCCAGACGCUGAGGACGAGGCAUCACCAAACGCGGCCGCAGUAAUCCUUCUCCAACAGUGUCCCAACUGCCACCUUGCGCACUCCCACCUUGAGUGGAUACUGAACUGGGUGCACUUCAUAUGCCAGUUCGACACUACGAAGUUCACUGUCUUUACAGAUGGCGCUCGACCGAACAGCAAGUAUAGUCUGAUGGGGGAGAAGGAAACACGUCAAGUUUCCACUGACUGGGCACUGGUUGCAAUCAAUCCUUCGCGCCUUCAAACCCAGCAGCACGGGGAUUGCGUUUCUGGUAAUAUGCCUUUCCCUUAUGGAAACAACAUUCAGUUUUCUGGAGCGUUCGACCGGCCAAUCACAGAACCUUUCUUCAGCCUUGAGCUCCAAAAGUCCGACCGCUCUAGUCAAAUCACAUUCGGGACCUGCAGUGAGCUAGAAUGUGUUAUGUUCACCCAGGUCCGAGGCGACGACGGGCAGAUUGCGAUUGUUCCCACAUGA